AUGAGAUUGUUGCUUUUGUCAGAAAAUAUUAUUGCGACUUCGCUGUUAGCGGUCGGCAAUUUGUGUAACCAAUCUCCGUAUUGCGUGAAUGACUUUAUUGAAAAAGGUAUAUUAGAUUUUAUUGACAAAUACUUUACGGUAUUUCGUCCGAACAGCGAGGUGAUCACAGACUCUUGUUUUGUAUUUUGUUCAUUUGCUGAAAAUAUCACCACAACCUCCCCUGUUUUUAUCAAGUCGUUUAAUUUGAUAGGAAAGUUUUGUCAGGUGCCAAACGGUCAAGUUAUAAGCGAUAUCAUUCGCGCAAUGAACGCGUUGUUGAAACGGAACAUUUACACGGAUGUAGUUAUUGAAAUGGGGUUUGAAGAUUUUUGCGUACAAGCCCUUCAGCGAUCGUUUGUGUUCGAAAUUAACGAAGCCGCGUUGAAAACGCUUUUGACAUACGUUUUGAAAUGCACUUCUCUUCCAAAAUACCAAACGAUAAUCAAUACUGUAGCACCAUUCUUGGCACACAAAAAUAUGAUACUCCGGAGACUCACAGUGCUUAUUCUGUCGGAUGUUGUAUACUCGAGUAACGAAAACAUAAUCAGUUUUAUGUUGAGCGGUAAUAUCAUGCCAAAAAUGUGCCAAAUGGCGUUAAAAGAUGAUUCCGUUUCUGUGAGAAAUGAAGCGUUUUUCUUUAUUUCGAAUUGUUUACUUGGCGCAACAAAUUUCGAGCCGUUGAUAUCACAAUGUGUUGUUGAAGCCAUUUCAAGAGGGCUUGUAUCGGACAAUAUGGAGAUUGCAGGUUCAAUGCUUAAAGGAGCAAUCCGUCUAGUUUCGAAAUGUGGGGCAAAUAAUGUGGAGAGACUCGCAAAUGCAUUUGAGAUGUGUGGACUUUUUGACAACAUCGGCUUGUUGAUCAACAGUCGGGACGAUGAGUUAUCCAACAACGCCGAGCGACUUGUUUCCAUGCUCCGUGUAGUUCUUCCCGAAACCGAUUUAGAUUGA